ACCACAAAACAUAUUCCAAGAGAGAUAUAUAUUCAUCAUAGAGUAAAAACCUAGAUUGAAAGAAAAGCAAAGAUGUCUGAUCAAUGCCAAUCCGAAGGUAAGAGUUCAUGGCCUGAACUGUUGGGAGCUCAAGGAACAGAUGCGAAGGCAACGAUUGAGAGCGAAAACUCUUCAGUCACGGCAGUGAUCGUGCAAGAAGGAUCGAUUGUCACUCAAGACAUCCGGUGUGAUAGAGUUCGCGUUUGGGUCGACUCCUAUGGUAUUGUCACCAGGGUUCCUAUCAUCCAGUAAUUGAUCGAUACUAGCAAGUCUGCCCUCUGCUUCAUGCGUAUAUAUUUGGGAAGAAAAUAAAUACUGAAAUAAAUAAGUUUAUUUCCAUGCAAUAUUGAUUGUUAGUCGACAUAGUUUGUACGUUUUCAUUUGGACGUGUGUAGUCUGUUAAUGAUAAAUAAAACACUACUGCAUUUCUCCUCCUUGUUUCUCGAUCCAAAUGUUGUUGAAGGUUUCAACAAUACUUCCCCUACAUACUUCCCCUAAUGAAUUGUAUUUCCAUGCAAUACGUAGUUCGUUUUCCUUUCAGUGUAUUCUCAAUCAAUCUAUAUAAAUAAAGAAACUCUUGCCUUUUCUUCUCUCC